AUGGCGGCCCCCAUGAGGGAGGGGGCCGAGGGUUUGCCCGGCGGCUCCGAGCCCGGGGCGGCCCCCUACGGGAACUUCCCCAAUUAUUCCCGCUUCCACCCGCCCGAGGGCCGCGUCCGCCUCCUGCCGCCGGCGCUGCUGGGGCGGCUCUUCCCCGCGGGGCCCUCCCCACUGCUGGGGCUGGACGUCGGCUGCAACUCGGGGGAGCUAAGCGUUGCUCUCUACAGACACCUCCUUGGUCUACAGGAGAACAAGGCCAGCCCUGAUCAGCUUGUUGUUGGGAAGAUUCUGAACCUCCUGUGCUGCGACAUCGACGCAGGACUGAUCGAGAGGGCUGAGCGAUGUAGUCCCUUUCCUGGCUCCAUCUCCUUUGCCACCCUGGAUGUCAUGGAUGCUAGUGCCCGGGAGUUGUUCUUGAGCUCCUACCUGAGCAGGUUCAGCCGUUCCACCUUUGACAUCGGCUUUUGUAUGUCAGUGACCAUGUGGAUCCACCUGAACCACGGGGAUGAUGGCCUGGUGGAGUUCUUAUCCUACCUUUCGUCUCGGUGCAAUUACCUGCUUAUUGAACCCCAGCCGUGGAAGUGUUAUAGAGCAGCCGCCCGGCGCCUCCGGAAGCUGGGUAGGAAUGAUUUUGACCACUUCCGCUCUCUGGCCAUCAAUGGGGACAUGGCAGAGAGGAUAACCCAGAUUUUAACUGAGGAUGGUGGCAUGGAACUGGUGUGCUGCUUUGGUAGCACAAGCUGGGACAGGAGUCUCUUGCUUUUUAAAUCAAACAGAUUGACUCAAAAGCAACUAUAAGAAAGGGCAACCCUGUGCCUGAUGAAAACAUCAUCCUGUGCCCAGGCAGGGGUGGGGGAGAGGUCAUGGUCUGAGCUUAGAACUGGGAGCCAGGAGCUUCUGAAUCUGCAUCUCAGAUCUCACACUGAUUCCUCUCACCCCUCUCUGCCUCAGUUUCUCCUUCUGCAGAACGAGGAUGAUAUUUGUGACUCAGCUCUUGGAGUGCUUGGGUAAAGUGCUUUUGAAGAUCAAGUGCCAUAUAAGUUUUGUACAUACACAGGUUAUUUCAUGGAAAGACAGUGCAUUUACCUUUCCCCGGGGAUUCUCUGGGGAACAAAAAUACACUUCCAUUUAUCACCUAUGAGAAUCCGUUUCUUCCCUCAGAUAAUAUUUUUUAUAGUUCUGUUUUUAUGACUGCGCUUCCUAGCAGUUUGUAAGUGAUAGCUGAUCGGCAGUUCUAAAGGGGUGUGGAUUUGGCUAGCGUUAAGAGCUGCCCAAACAAUAUCAAGGCAUCUUUGCUGCCAUUUGUCUCAUAAGCAAACUUCAGCAGUCUGCCAAAGUGUGUGGACUUUGACCGUCCCAUGGAGUGAAGUUUUUGUGGGGUAUGUAUCCAUAUAAUACAAACAAAACAAAAGUGAGAGCUGUUUGAUAAAUAAACUAUUUUUUAUUUUUAAUUAAA